UUACUUUGUGAAACGUUUGGGCCACGGCGCUCGCCAUUGGACCUCGGUUUGAUGAUGAUGAUGACAGAAUAAAUCUCAGACCAACAUGGACAGUUUCUCUCUUCCCUUCUCCCAAAGCGUCACAUAUGGGAGGAGAAUAAUAGCAGGAACUACUGUUUCUGCGCAGGUGGAAGAGAAGAUGUCUCUCUCCUCUGCUCUUUCUUGGUUUCGUUUCUGGUUUUCCGAUGAGAGUAGCGGUGCAAGGUGCCACCUUUAUGGCCUGGCGUUCUGUUAAGGGGAGAAAGGAGCCGUCUUUGGCUAUCAUUUGACCUCUGCUCCGGUGCGUGAUUGAGAAGAGGGGAGAAAGGAGCCAGCCAUGCCGGAUGGGGUGGCCACGCAGGUGGACUGCGGCUCCCGGCUUUUCCUCGCGCUUCCGGACGACGUGCUGGCGCUCGUCUCCGCCUACCUUCGCCCCCUCGACCUUUGCGCCUUAGCCCUCUGCUGCCGCGGCCUCCGAGCGGCCGUCGCCUCCUCCGAGAAGGCUUGGCUUGCCCAGUGCCGCCGCCUCGGCCCGCCGGCCCACGCCUUGCCUCUCUGGCGCGAGGGCGUGCGCUCUUACCGUGCCCUCUGCCGCUUCCUCGCCGCCGUCGCGCCCCUCCUCGGGGUGUGGGUCCACCAGAACCCCGAGCUCGGCAACGUGGUCUCCGUCCUCUGGGGCUUCCUCUCCGUCGUCGGCGUCCGCAUCAUUCCACAGGAGCUGGGGCCGCUGGGCCUUGACGCCGGUCCUCUGCUGUGGGCACCGGUGUUCGAGAUCCUUGCCGACGCCGAUGGAGCGCCCUCCUGCUUCUUUCUCCAUGGCCGCGGCGAUCACGGCGAGGACUGCCUCUACCCCGGCUCUGUCCAAUCCAUCGACCCCUCCUGCAACAUCCUCCUUCUCGAGGUCGACGUCCGUCACAAAGAUCCCGCCCUUCCACCGGGCACCCUUCAUUUGCCCCGCUCCCAGAUCUUCUCGGCCGUUUCUGAUCGCAAAGAUCCAACCUUGGGGAGGAAACUUCGUUGGUCGGAUUCUUCCAACACCAUCUCAAGUCCCUCGGCGGCACCUCCAUCCCCUCCUUCUAUCCCAUUUAGCCGGCUGCCCUUCAGCGACCGCCGUCGGCUUCUGGAUCAGGUGGCCGGGAGAGUCCGCCUCGAGAUCCCCUUGGAUCUUGCCACUGCUCCUCUUUUCGAUCGGUCUCCUCCAUGCGACGACGCCAAGCUGUUGGCCCGUCGAUGGUCCGAACUCGUUAACAUGCACAAGCAGAUCAGCGGAGGACGCAUCGAUCGGAAAGCGGCCGAACUGGCACCAGGCUUGAUCGAGCAUGCAGCCACCACUAAUGGGGAUGUGAUUAGCCAUCACCAGAUCACCGUCUCCGGCAAAAGAAAGGCCCUUGUCUCUGUGGCGGCGUACCUGAGAGAUGGAUUCAAACAAUUCAUGAGCAGGUCGAAUUCUUCCAAGGUAGCUGGGUUGAUAUCAAGAAACGGGAAUUCUUGGGCGAGCGCCCAGAAGAAGCAUGCGCAGCUCCACCAGUUCUUGAUGUCCGGCGAUGCCGUCGGACUAAGCUUAAGAGCGACGCACAUGAGGCUGACCGCGUACAGGGCGUGGCCCGACAUGCAUGACAACUGGUUUGCUCUCUACAAGCUCCCAAUGCAGGUCCCAUCUGCCUGCCACGACUACGCCGGUCUGUGGGCUGGCACCUUCGGCUGGCCUCCGGGGCAGCCUUCCGAAGACAAGCCUGGGAAGGCCUUGUUCUUCUUGUUGCUGUCGUACGAAGAGGUUGAGGGGCGCCCUCUUUUGAUCGCAACCAAGAUAUUGGAAGGAACCCACUAUGUCCUCCACCCCAAUGGUUCUGCAAUGUUCAUUGCAAACCUUGACGAGACAUCGUCGGAUGCAUUCCCAUGGGAGACGGACAGCGAACCUCUUCAAGUGGAAGUCGAGCAAAGCUACAGCGGGGAGGGCAUUGCUAGUGGCUAUGGAUUUCGGUAUCCUGGCUCUAAGCCUGGCUCUUUGUUUGUUCUCCAGAAUGGGCUACUUGCAUUUGUUUGGAAAGAGUCCAGAUCUGUGUUGACACUGCAAAGGAUAGACUUGCAAGAGCUUCUGAAGAGAGGAGAAAGAGUGCCAAUGCUGCCUCCAGUUGCCAACUUCUCCUAUCUCACCAAGUCCUACUCCAAUGUGUUUGCAGGAAUUCUGAGCAAUUCCAAUUGUUCAUAUUGACCAAGGUGACUGAUUGCGAGGAGGCACUCAAGCUUCCUACGAUUCCCAGGUAAUGUUUAGGUGUGAUAGAAGGAUUCUCAAACUCCACAGGCUCCCAGGUGGACUCGACCGCACAGGCUCGUAAGAUUGUGCAAAUCACCCAGGCAACUUUACAUGUUUUGCUUUCUGCUCAGUUGUAGUAGGUUGACAUCAUGGGGCUACGGGUUGGGGUCAACACUAGGUUAGAACAGUUGAAGUAGUUUGGUUCUUCCACUUCUUGUUGAGGUUUAGAUUCAUCAGACAGAAGAAUCUAUUAGGCACUGUUUGAUUCGUUAGGGCAUUCCAGAAUCUGGCAUCAACGUUAGGUUAGAACAGUCGAAGUGGUUUGGUUCUUCCACUACUAGUCGAGGUUUGGAUUCAUCAGACAGAUAAAUCCAUUAGGUUGUGUUGGAUUCGUUAGGGCAUUGAAAUCUGGCGAGAAUGUGGAUGCUUAGAUGUGGAUUAGUGAUGCCUGAUGGAGCAUUAUUUUGCAUCAAUCGUCGGUCACUGGAAGCGGCAGGAGUUCAUCACCGUUCAGUAAGAGAAUGAGACCAUCACAUAUACGGAGCUUCCUACAUAUGUCGAGGUUGUUAACAGAUCGCAUAAGACUGUGAGAAUUAUUGAGGAGCAUCAGAAACAUAGAGACCAGAGAAAUUAGAGUUGAUCCUGAUCGUGCCAUCUCGCAAUGUCUCGAAGAGCGUAUUUACGGCCUUUCGAGAAGGAAGGCCAAGCAGCGGCAGCAGCACCGAAGGUAUCGAUAAUCUUUCGAUUAGUUGUUUGAUGGGACAAUUUAUUUGCUACUGCAGACACCAACCAGGGUACGAGAAGUUUUUCUUUUUAAUGUAUCGUUAUCAUUAUUGUUUUUGUGAUGAGGUCCCGAUAAUUAGCGACUGCAUCAGGUCAGGGUUGAUUAUUUUUCUGCGGCAUCGAACUACUUGCUUGAUCCUAUUUAUACACUUCUUUCAUUGUUUGCACUCAAGUUUCAUUGAGAUGCUGUCUAGUUAACGGGGUUACACAAAGGAUAAUUCUUUAUGGACAAUUGGGGUAUCCAAGAAUGUUUCUUUUUUA